AUGCAGACUGGCUACUGGUUCUCUUGUAUGGCCAGCUCUGCAUCGACCUUUGAACUUGAUCAGUACCUCUCUAUUAAUCAGCGGCAGACGCCCAAUUUAGCCCAGGAUGCAGGGCUUCAUUAUGUUCCGCCCGACCAAGAGGGUUUAACGACCGGAAACAAAUUGGCGGGGAAGCAUGCUCUCGGCGCACGCGCGCGAAAGCUCCACACAACAGGAGCUCUGAUCGUGCGAUUUGAAAUGCCAUUCGCAGUGUGGUGCACAAACUGUAAGCCACACCCCGUGAUAAUUGGACAAGGCGUACGCUUCAACGCCGAGAAAACAAAAAUCGGCAACUACUACACCACCCCCAUCUACAGUUUCCGCAUGAAACACACCGUCUGCGGCGGCACAAUCGAGCUCAAAACCGAUCCACAAAACACCGCCUACGUCGUUACCGAAGGCGGACAGAAGCGCGAUACCGGCGAAGACAAGCCCCUGCAGCCUGGCGAAAUCGCUAUCAAGCCCCACGGCCCGGGCCAGGAUGCAGCGGAAAAGGAUCCGUUUUCGAAGCUAGAGGGGAAAAUGGAGGACAAGACUCGCGCGAAGACGGAGGCCAGUCGCAUCUUUGAGCUUCAGAAGGCGCAGUCUCGAGAUUGGGAAGAUCCCUAUGAGAAAUCUAUGAAGCUACGCCGGACUUUCCGACAGCAGAGGAAGGGCCUUGAGAAGACUGCGGCUGCGAACGAGGCCCUCAAAGACAAGAUGAGCCUUGGGAUCGAGCUUGUUGAAGAAACAGACAUGGACCGCCAGCGGGCGAGCAUGGUUAAUUUCGCCGAGGACCGCAAUGCCCUCAUGCCUCGUACUGAGCGUGCAUCUCUUACCAAGCCUGUGUUUGAGCAUGCGGGUACUUCCGCGCGCAAACCUGACCCGCGUGAAACAUCACGUCCUUCGCACCGGACUAAGGCCGAUCCUGUUGCUGCUCGCAAAGCAGCUUUCCGCAACGCGCUCGUUGCUAAUACCCGUGCUAAGCUUGAUUCUUUCCAAGUGAACAAGGUGGAUGUUCCGAGGCCAAAGACGAAGGAGAAGACUGCCCCGGCUUCGACUCCCUUCUCUCGCGCAAACGCCAAAUCGGCUCCUCCCGUCAGUCGCGCAAACGAACCUGAUGCUGUAUCCACCGAAACCCCGGCUGCCCCGGCGAAAAACCCACUGGUGGACUAUUCUUCUGACUCGGAGUGA